AAUCGUCUAUUGUAAUAUCACACUUGAGCUCACCUUUGACGCAUUCAGUUAUUUACAUAGAUUAGCUGGCUUAUUCCAGUUUCGGGAGACUGCAAAACAAUUUCCUACGCUUCCAGUCUCAGUUUCAGUCUCAUCAUGCCCGCGACGACAGCGGAGACGCUGUCUCUCGUGACGCGAACCGUUUCAGUGGCACCGUUGGUCCUCCUCUCCGCCGCCGACCAUUACGGACGUUCAGCAAAGGGUACCCGCAAGCGGGUUGUCGGUGUGCUUCUUGGCCAGAACACUGGCAACAAUGUCAGAGUAUCAAACAGUUUUGCCGUGCCAUUUGAGGAGGACGAGAAGGAUCCAUCAGUGUGGUUCUUGGACCACAAUUACGUUGAGGGGAUGAAUGAAAUGUUCAAAAAAGUCAACGCCCGCGAGAAACUCAUCGGAUGGUACCACUCUGGUCCGAAGCUGCGGGCGUCGGAUCUCGAAAUCAACGAGCUUUUCAAGCGCUACACUCCCAAUCCUCUACUUGUCAUCAUCGACGUUCAGCCAAAAGAAGUUGGUGUACCGACGGACGCAUAUUUUGCAGUGGAGGAGAUCAAGGACGACGGAACGACAACGGCCAAGACCUUUGUUCACACGCCCUCUAUCAUCGAAGCAGAGGAGGCAGAAGAGAUUGGCGUGGAACAUCUUCUACGUGACAUUCGUGACGUGGCUGUCGGCACACUUUCCACUCGCAUAACAUCUCAGCUACAAUCCUUGCAGGGCUUGCAUCUUCGAUUACGAGACAUUGGACAGUAUUUGCAAAAGGUGCUGGACAAAGAACUUCCCGUCAAUCACGCCAUUCUUGGAAACCUGCAAGAUGUCUUCAACCUCCUUCCCAACCUAUCGACGCCCAAGACACCCUCAGUUGUAGGCGGAAACGAUUCUGCGCUGACGGAAAAUAACGAGCUCGCCAAGGCCAUGAGUGUAAAAACCAAUGAUCAGCUCAUGACCAUCUACCUAAGCAGUCUGAUACGAGCAAUUACGGCUUUCCACGAUCUGAUCGAAAACAAGAUCCAGAAUCGGCAACAGCAGGAUGAAGCGGACGCAAAGAAGGAAGAGCACGAGGCGAGGAAAGACGAGAUCAAGAAGGAGAAGGCCAACGGCGUGAACAAUGUCGAGACCAAAGAGGGUAGCAAAGACGACAAGAAGAGCAGCUAAUUGAUAUGUCGGAUCGGAUUUAUAUUCACGUUUAUCGCGCUGUGGAUCUCAGGCGUCCUUGAGCAUUUGCGUCUCUACAGUGGUGGCGAUAUAUUUCUCUAUGCAUUUUUCUUACGCCAUUUUUUCCCCUUUAUCCAACAAAUCAUGUUUUCUUUGUAAUAUAGAUGCAGACCAUGGCUAAAUGGAGCAUAUGGUUUACAAUACAAUACCUUCAAGAGGUGAAAAGACGGGAUCCUUUCAUCCCUAAACAGCGGAAUGAUACUA